UCUUCGGCUCAGGUCAUCCCAACUUCCCCCUCCUCGUUUCUGCGGGCAGGAAGUCGCUUCACCGGCACGCAGCAGUCCGAGAGGCAGGUUUAUGACGUUCAGGUCGAGAUCAAAUACGUCGAUCUGCGAGAGUCCUCUCUCUGCGGAUACCUACGCAUCCAGGGCCUCACCGAUGACCAUCCCACGCUGACGACAUAUUUUGAGGGCGAGAUCAUCGGAACGAAAUACGGCUUCAUGACCAAGCACGACAGCUGGGGUGCCAAUGACAAAACGGAUCUGUCCCACUGGUCCAAGUUUCCGGCCUUCCGCCCCUAUUCUAAACAGGCAAGGAGGGGCUCUUCGGUUGUCAUCAAGGACAUCGCCCAGUCUGAAUACAUCUUCAUGCGUUGGAAAGAACACUUUUUGGUACCCGAUCACCGCGUCCGCACCAUUACUGGCGCCAGCUUCGAAGGUUUCUAUUACAUAUGCUUUAAUCAAGUGCAAGGGGAGGUAAAUGGCAUUUAUUUCCACAGCAAAAGCGAGAGAUUCCAGCAGCUCGAGUUAAAACACGUCGAGGACAGGGGUUGCCUUGGGGCUUUGGAGUUCCGGUGA